AUGGCAAUCAUGAUCUUGAAGGAGAGUUUUGAUGAGAAAGUCAGGCUGGAAGAAGUUAAGGCUUUGCGUGAUGAGAAUUUGCCAUGGUAUGCUGAUAUAGUGAACUUCAUGGUGUCCGGAGAAGUCCCUAGUAGUUUUGAUGCUUACAAGAGGAAGAAAUUCUUCAAGGAUGCUAGGCAUUACUAUUGGGAUGAGCCUUACUUGUACAAGAGAGGACCAGACAGCAUUUACAGGAGAUGCAUAGCUGAAGAGGAUGUACAAGGAGUUCUAGAGCAUUGCCAUGGGUCAGCUUAUGGAGGUCACUUUGCUACAUUCAAAACAGCAACCAAGGUUCUGCAAUCUGGGUUGUGGUGGCCUACCUUGUUUAAAGAUGCAGCAAGCUUCAUCGCAAAGUGUGAUCCAUGCCAAAGGAAAGGAAGUAUCACCAAGAGAGAUGAAAUGCCACUGAACCCGAUUAUGGAAGUUGAGAUCUUUGAUGUAUGGGGAAUAGACUUCAUGGGACCUUUCAAGCCUUCCUCAAACGGGCACAACUACAUUUUGGUUGCUGUGGACUAUGUGUCCAAAUGGAUUGAAGCCAUCCCCUGCCCAGCCUGUGAUGCUAAGGUUGUUAUCAAACUGUUCAGAACCAUCAUCUUUCCAAGAUAUGGCAUCCCAAGGGUUGUUAUUUCGGAUGGAGGUUCCCAUUUCAUCAAUAAAGUGUUUGAGAAGUUGAUGAAGAGUUAUGGAGUCAAGCACAAGGUCGCUACACCUUACCAUCCUCAAACCAGUGGGCAAGUUGAGGUCUCCAAUAGGCAGAUAAAGGCCAUUCUUGAGAAGACAGUGAGCUUUACUAGGAAGGAUUGGUCAACAAGACUUGAUGAAGCUCUUUGGGCCUAUAGAACAGCUUACAAAACCCCCAUUGGAAGGUCCCCUUUCAACUUGCUGUAUGGAAAGGAUUGUCACUUACCUGUAGAGGUAGAGUACAAGGCACUAUGGGCAGUGAAGAUGCUGAACUUUGAUAUAAAGGCUGCACAAGAGAGAAGAGUAAUGAACUUGUUUGAGUUGGAAGAAAUCAGAAUGAAUGCCUAUGAGAACUCCCUGAUCUAUAAGUGA